CGCGCAUUCGACUCAUCACGACGGCGCGAUUGCUGCCGCCUUCGCUGUUUGGUAGGCUUGUGGCUGGUUCUCCAUCGGCAGCACACCUGACGAUGGAUGUCAAUCAGGUGAGUGGGACCCAUGGAGUGGGACCAGCGGGAGAGGGCACACAACCACAGAAAAGAGAAGCGCAGCCACCUUUCGAUCGCUCUUUCUGAUGUGAUGUGAUUGGUCCUUUCUGCGUUUGUUCAGUUUGUUGCGAAUGCUCGUGCGGUGAAGGACAGCUUGGUGCUGCUUCUCGACCAAGAUCCCGCCACCAUCGCCGCACAAGUGGGUUACACUCACUGCUGAGAAACAUUGCCGAGGAGCCGCUCGCUGUGUCGUCGAUUGAUCAGCUGGGCUCGGUAGCCCCACUGCUGUGCACCCUCACGAGCCGGCUCCAGCAGGGAGGGCCCAGCCUCACCAGUACUGGAGCUGUAGAUGCACCCAAAUCGACCACCGAGGUUGCUGCUGCAUCGGGAUCGGCAGACACAGAGCCACAGGUAGGGUGGGGUGGAGUGGAGUGGAGUGGCUGGCCGUCUGCCGUCGUCUGUGCAUGGAUCCGCCCUCUGCCUUGUUGUGGCUGUCGUGUUGUCUUAUUGCAUUGCAGGCGCCUGUGGACACUGGUGGCCCAUCGUAUCGUCUGAUCCAUCGAAGCGGCAACAAUCCUCCCGUGGGCCAAGUACCGGUAAGGACCACUCACGAUUGAUACAAUCAGCCCGUCACGUUUGGUUGUCCUCUCUGUUUUUCAUUUCAGGCUCGUCUUCGCCUGUCCCGCGAUGAGCUGGCCAACGUGUACGGCCACCUGCAGCCGUGGGAGCUGGCGCGCCACCGCCGGCGUCUCGGCACGCCCCUCUUCCAUCAGUCGGCCGCCAACUACACCAAACUGGUCAUCGACUGUGAGGACGACACGGCCAGUUGCAUGUGGGAGAAGAUGCCGCGGCCUGUGGCGCAGAGAUGGGGCAAGAGGGCGACCAACGUCCGCGAGAUCAGGAUGCGGCACCCCGAAUGGGGCCAAUGGUGCCGCGGGACGUGGGUGGCCGUGGUGGAAGGUCACUCGAUUGGCCGGGCGGCCAUCGCAGCGAAGGAGAGACGAGACAGGGAGGGAGGGGAGGCGGCAUCUGCUGCGGCGAUGCGAGACGAUGACGGUUGCCAGUUGGAUGAGGGCACACUGGAGAAGCUGUCAUUCGAGGCCGUCAAGCUCAGCAUUCGCAUCCCCCACCCUGCGCCCUCAUCUGCUCUGCCCCCCGCCCCCACCGCCCCCAUUCAUCUGCCGGCACUCAGGACGGUCGAGAACAUCCUCACCGCGUGCCUGGCGGCUCGCGUGGGCCGCCAGUGGCGGACACCCGCUGUCAAGACCCUCACCCCCCGAGGCUGGAAUGCUGCGCCAGGGGAGGAUUGCUGGACGGCGUGGCUGGGCGACUGUGAGGCCAUGGAGGUGUUGGACCUCGCCUUUUUGGCCGGCACGCCGGCCAAUGUGCUGCGUGUGCUGCCAGUCGGCUCAUCGCUCGCAGCGCUUCGCACACUACGGGGCGUACGGGUGGGUGUGAAUGCCUCCCCCGCCGAGAUCGACAUGCUGCGUGAGGUGCUGGUAGCGAGGGGCAUCCGGCGGUCCAUUCGCGAGCUCAAGAUCAAUCUGGGUCCUGCUCUGCAGAACACAGACGAUCACUGGGAGAGACUGCAGAAGACCGCACACUUCGUGUAAGGACACACAAGAAGAGGAAGGGGUCAGGUACACGUGACAUACACCAAAUGUUUGUGACAUACACCAAAUGUUCUGUGUCUUGGUGUAAUUUUGCAGUGACGCCGUCGUUCAUCCUCAGGGGUUGUCGCAGCGCAUUGUGCGCGACUGUGGCGGGGCUGGACGUAUCUCCGCCGAGCUCCUCUCACGCAGCAGCAGCGCCGGCACUCCGACCGCACAGAGGAUCGUCGAUGAAUUCGCCAAGACAGCCGGCGUCGUAGGUUACAGCGGAGGCGACGCGACCCAUCCUGUGGCCAUCACGGACGACACAUUCCCCCUCGCACACACACUGUCGCUGUCUGUCGGCGCCCCCAUCUCUGACCAGAAGAAGGAGCGGGCCCUCCAGAUCGCCUCCCACAUACCCGACCUGUCCUCCAUCCACGCCACACGCGAGGUCCCGGCUGGUGAGGUGUGGGGGUUCCUCGAGAGGCUGCAGACGGCGCUGGUCAGCAGGGAGCAACAGAAGAGCCUGUCGGUGGAGAUGUUUCUGCCGACCAAUGCAUUCACCGCACCCCUGGCCGAUGGGGGGAGUCCAUCACUGUGGGGGCGGGACAGCAACAAGAAGCUGCCGCCGAUCAAGGAAGUGUCUGUCAAUAUUGUGGGUGAGCGGGCAUGGGAAGGCGUGUGACAACCAGCAGUCGUAUUGUCUGUGUGCGGUGUCAAUGUUCAUUCCUUUCAGGCGAGGUAGACGAUGGCGAGUUGGAGACCUUCUACGGGCGCGUGAUGGCCGCAGUGGCCUCAUUCAGCAAUGAGCUCAAGGUGCGCCUCACAACACACCACAUACAGAUGACUGUCGGGCAAUCACUGUGUGGCCACUGUCAUGUUGCUUGAAUGAAUGACAGGGGCACGAGAGGACCAAAGUGUACUUAUACGACACCGAUGCUCUGCAUGGGACGUUUCCUGGAAACACCAUGUGCCGGGACUUCGAGCGGCGUUUCCUGGCUGAGCAGGCCGGCCCCAACUUCGGCGGGGGGCCAUACAAGCUCAGCUUCGUUGAUAGCAAUGCGUCAAUCCCGUACUUGUUGGUCGAGCGCCGCACGUGACCUUUAUUUAGGUGAGGACACUGAACGACAGACAAAUGGGCGCGUCACCAACCGUCUCUCUCCCUCUGUGUGUGUUGUCAGAUCUGACGGCAGCUGUGGUUGGGUGUGUGGAGGGAUACUGCGGAGGAUAGACAGCACUUCUAGACCUUGCUCGGCUCGCGUAUGUUUGUGUUGGUGACCUACUUGUGCCUGGAUGGAAG